UUGGAAUCAAGACACAAGAAGCACCCCACACAGAGAGACCAUGAGCGCUCCGGAAGCCGAAACGUUUGCCUUCUCGGCCGACAUCAACCAGCUGCUGAGCCUGAUCAUCAACACGUUCUACUCGAACAAGGACAUCUUCCUGCGCGAGCUCAUCUCGAACGCCUCGGAUGCCCUGGACAAGAUCCGCUACUCGUCGCUGACCGACGCCAGCGUGCUGGACACGGACAAGAACCUCGAGAUCAAGGUGAUCCCGGACAAGGCCAACGGCACGCUGACCAUCCAGGACUCGGGCAUCGGUAUGACCAAGGCCGACCUCAUCAACAACCUGGGUACGAUCGCCAAGUCGGGCACCAAGGCCUUCAUGGAGGCCCUGGCCGCCGGCGCUGACAUCAGCAUGAUCGGCCAGUUUGGUGUGGGUUUCUACUCCGCCUACCUGGUGGCCGACAAGGUCGUGGUGCACUCCAAGCACAACGACGACGAGCAGUACGUGUGGGAGUCCGCCGCCGGCGGCUCGUUCACGGUCACGCCCGACACGUCGGAGCCCAUCCUGCGCGGUACCCGCAUCGUGCUCAAGCUCAAGGAGGACAUGCUCGAGUACCUCGAGGAGCGCAAGCUCAAAGACCUGGUGAAGAAGCACUCGGAGUUCAUUGGCUUCCCCAUCAAGCUCUACGUCGAGAAGACGGAGGAGAAGGAGGUGACUGACGACGAGGAGGAGGAGGACGAGAAGGAGGGCGACGACGACAAGCCCAAGGUCGAGGAGGUCGACGAGGAGGAGGGCGAGAAGAAGAAGAAGACCAAGAAGAUCAAGGAGGUGACCCAUGACUGGGACCACCUGAACUCGCAGAAGCCCAUCUGGAUGCGCAAGCCCGAGGACGUGACCCACGAGGAGUACGCCUCGUUCUACAAGUCGCUGACCAACGACUGGGAGGAGCACGCCGCCGUCAAGCACUUCUCGGUGGAGGGCCAGCUGGAGUUCAAGGCCUGCCUCUUCACCCCCAAGCGCGCCCCGUUCGACAUGUUCGAGGGCGGUGCCAAGAAGAAACUCAACAACAUCAAGCUCUACGUGCGUCGCGUGUUCAUCAUGGACAACUGCGAGGAGCUCAUGCCCGAGUACCUGUCGUUCGUCAAGGGUGUUGUCGACUCGGAGGACCUGCCGCUGAACAUCUCGCGUGAGACCCUGCAGCAGAACAAGAUCCUGCGCGUGAUCAAGAAGAACCUGAUCAAGAAGUGCCUGGAGAUGUUCGCCGAGCUCGCCGAGGACAACGAGAAGUACCAGAAGUUCUACGAGGCUUUCAGCAAGAACCUCAAGCUGGGCAUCCACGAGGACUCGACCAACCGCACUAAGAUCGCCAAGCUGCUGCGUUACCACUCGACCAAGUCUGGCGAGGAGAUGACGUCGCUGGACGACUACAUCUCGCGCAUGCCCGAGAACCAGCCCGGCAUCUACUACGUCACGGGCGAGAGCAAGAAGGCCGUGGAGAACUCGCCGUUCAUUGAGAAGCUCAAGAAGAAGGGCUACGAGGUGCUCUUCAUGGUGGAGGCCAUCGACGAGUACGCCGUGCAGCAGCUCAAGGAGUACGAGGGCAAGAAGCUCAUCUGCGCCACCAAGGAGGGCCUCAAGAUGGAGGAGACCGAGGACGAGAAGAAGUCGUUCGAGGAGGCCAAGGCCGCCACGGAGGGCCUGUGCAAGCUCAUGAAGGAGGUCCUCGACGACAAGGUGGAGAAGGUGGAGAUCUCGAACCGCAUCGUCGAGUCCCCGUGCGUGCUCGUGACGGGCGAGUACGGCUGGUCGGCCAACAUGGAGCGCAUCAUGAAGGCGCAGGCCCUGCGUGACAGCAGCACCUCUGCCUACAUGACGUCCAAGAAGACCAUGGAGAUCAACCCCCUGCACCCGAUCAUCAAGUCGCUGCGCGAGAAGGCUGAGGCCGACAAGAGCGACAAGACGGUCAAGGACCUGAUCUGGCUGCUGUACGACACGUCGCUGCUGACCUCGGGCUUCAGCCUGGACGAGCCUACGACGUUCGCCAACCGCAUCCACCGCCUCAUCAAGCUCGGCCUGAGCAUCGACGACGACGACGAUGCCGCCGACGAGACCAUGGAGGACCUGCCCCCGCUUGAGGGCGAGGACGAGGAGGAGAGCACGAUGGAGGAGGUGGACUAAGCGUGUUCGCGCUGAAGUCGUUGAUGGGGACCUCGAGUGCAACCUGAACGCCUCGGAGAACGCUGCCAGUUGUCCGCCUUAGUGGCGCGCUGCAGCUUGGAGUCCCGCCGACUUUCACUGGUUAGCUCUUGCAUUUUUUGGUGGUGAGGUUUAGUUAGAUCUUCGUAGUCGAAGGUUACAUAUAUUUACGAUUCGCCUACCCUAC